AUGGCAAAGAAUGGACUUGUAAUUUACAUCCUGGUUAUCACCUUACUCCUGGACCAGACCACCAGCCACACAUCCAAAUUUAAAGCCAGGAAGCACAGCAAACGCCGAGUGAAAGAAAAGGAUGGAGACCUGAAGACUCAAAUUGAAAAGCUCUGGAGAGAAGUCAAUGCCCUGAAGGAAAUGCAAGCCCUACAGACAGUCUGUCUCCGAGGCACAAAAGUUCACAAGAAAUGCUACCUUGCUUCGGAAGGCUUGAAGCACUUCCAUGAAGCCAACGAAGACUGCAUCUCCAAGGGAGGAACCUUGGUUAUCCCCAGAAACUCUGAUGAAAUCAAUGCCCUCCGAGACUAUGGUAAAAGCAGCCUUCCAGGUGUCAAUGACUUUUGGCUGGGAAUCAAUGACAUGGUCACAGAGGGCAAGUUUGUUGAUGUCCAUGGAGUCACCAUCUCCUUCCUCAACUGGGACCGUGCACAGCCUAACGGCGGUAAGCGAGAAAACUGUGCCCUCUUCUCCCAGUCAGCUCAGGGCAAAUGGAGUGACGAGGUCUGUCGUAGCAGCAAGAGGUACAUAUGCGAAUUUAUCAUCCCUUAA